AUGACAACACAAGAAAUACUAAAUUAUAGAAAAGAAGAGAGAAGAAUAAUAGAAGGUAGUUUAUAUAAGGAUGAAAAGAGUACAAGAAAAAAAAAAGAUAAAAACAAAGAAAAAAGAAAAGAAAAAGAACCGUAUAUAAGAAGAACAACAAAAAAAGAUAAUAAAGAAGAUAUAAAAAGAGAAAAACGAAUAAAACAAAAAUACCAAGAACAAAAAGAAAGAAUUAAAAAAACACAAAUAGAAAUUAACGCUAAAAUUAUUGGAGAAGGAGAAAUAAAAAAGAUAGAAAAAAGUCAAAAAAAGAAUUACAUUGAAAGUUCAUUACCACAAUAUAAUCUUGGAGAAUACUUUGGAAUAGAACAAGAAAAAUUAUAUCCAAUUCAGAAAAAAACUAGACACAAUUUAGCACAUUUAGAUGAAAAAAGAGAUAAUAAUUUACAAGAACCUACUAUUAUUCAAAAAUCAACACAACACGUUCGUUAUGUUUAUUAUAAAAUGAUUGAAGAAGGAGAAAAAGAAGGAGUUACAUCAGAAAUAGCAAUUAUAUCAUUAUUUUAUAAUUAUGGAAUUAAAUUAGUAAAAAAUAUAGGAAGAAGAGCAAAUAAAUAUUUAAAUUUAAUGAAAACAGAUAAAGAAUUUUUAACAAAUAUUGUUAAACAAUACUAUAAUGAAAAACCAAAUAGAGAUAUUAAAUUAUUAAUUAGAAAAUAUAAUUUCUUUAAUUAUAAUAUUAAAUUGAAAGAACAAAUUAUUUCUACUUUAGAAAAAACUAUUAAUGAGAUAGAAAAAUCUACGAAUUUAUUCAAUAAUAAUUAUAGUAUUACUGAUAAUAAUAUUAAUACAAAUUCUAUUCAAAAUUAUGACAUAGGUAUUCUUAAAUUACUUAUUCAAAAAAAUAUUAAUGAUUGGGAUAAUCUUCAAAAUGAACGUUCUUUAUUUUUAUUUAAUAAUCCAAUAACUAACGUUUUUACUUCUUAUUCAAAUUUCAAUUUAUUUGUUAUUUUUAGUAAUCCUAUUUCUAUUGACCAAAUACCUUCUUUUCCUUUUACUAUUAUUCGUGAUAGACUUAAUACUUCUUCUUCAAAUCUUAUUGAUACACUCUCUUGUUUUUCUAUUUCUUCAAACAUUAAUCUUGACGAUGAUAUUUUACAUUAUGCUUUUAAUGAUAUCAUUCCUGCUCGCAUUGUUAAUGAGUGGUCAAGUGAUAUUCCCAAACUUACCUCUAAUCUUAGUCCUUAUCUUUAUAAUUUAGAUCCUACUCUUCUUCUUCAUUUGUCUCAAAUCUUACUUAUUACUUUUACUUCUCUUUCAGACUUAAAUCUCUUUCGUUCUCUCUCAAAUCUUCCUUGUAUUUCUUUCUCUUAUCAAACUAAAAUCUCUUAUCCUUCAUUAAUCUUUCCUAGUUAUUCUUCUGCUGCUCUCUCUUAUUUAAAACGUCCUACUUCUUCAAAACCAUUUUCUUCUUCUCUUUUUUAUUCUACUUAUAUUGCUGCAAAUAAUAUUAACUCAUCUUUAUUCUCUCAUCUUAAAAAAUCCAUUUUUGAUAAUCUUGAUAGAAGAUAUGGAUAUAUUAACGUUGAUAAUAUCUCUCAAAACUCAGCCUAUAUUUCUAAAACUCAGAUCUUUAAUCUUCUUUGCAAGUCUUACUCUUAUGACUCUUUAAUCGAAGAAAUCUCUAAUAACACUAUUUCUAUAAUUCUUGAUGAAAUUAGAAAACCUCUUUUUGAUAUUAGAAUUAAUUAUUUAAAAUCUUCAGCUUCUUCAAAAAUUACUAAGUCUACUUUUCUUUAA